UAUAGGAAGGUUAAAAAAAAAAAAGGAGGGGGAAGACCUAGGUUUCUUCACCAGCGGGCUGGCUGGAUGAUGGUGUCGUUCCCAAAUAAAGAAACAAACAUAAGAUACACAUUUGCCUCCAGCCCCCACCCUGCAAACCCGCGCAUGAGCACACACACACACAUGAUAGUUUUAAGUAGCCUGUGGUACAUCCUGGUGACAAGCCUCACGGGCAGGUGGAGAUAACUCUUGCUUUGAUUACUGGUACAGUUUCUUGCCGCUAAUACUUAAGACCCUAGAUCAUCCUAUACCUUUCCGUGUAUAUUGUUGCUGGGCUGCCUUCUCAGCCCUUCCCUCAACACGAACAAAAAAGCAGCCAAACAAAAAUCCCUGGUUAUUUCCUCUCUGCUCCUGCACAGUAGCUUAAAAAUCACUAUUACUGCCGUUGGCACUUGUAAUUGAUUUACAUGUCUCCAACUAUAGCUCUCUUGGCAACAUUACUAUUCAGGCAUGUAGUUUAGGUAACUACCCCUCAGACCUGUUUUAUUUUUUUCUACAGCUCCAACUCAAAGCUGAAAAUUUCUUAGUUAACGUUUACAUUAAUAUCUCCUGUCUUGCCUGAGGGUUUCUGCCCGGACAAAUUCACUAUGAAUUAGGUGAAACCGAGAAAUGCCAACGGAUGGUUCUUGGGGUAGAAGGAUUUAUCCCUGGCUUUAUUCUCAGGGCGGUGGGUCGAACACUAGACUCACGUCUGCAUCCAACAGUCUGCAGGUGCAUAAUCCACUCUUUCCCAGAGCACUGCGUCGAGCUCUUUAUAUAGUGACUCAGUCAAUAAUCACUCAUUGCCUAAGGCUAUGAAAGUAGUAGCCUAGCAGCAGGCCAAUUACAUCAUCAAGAAGUUUAGGGUUAGAUGAGGAUCCGGACUUUCCUUUCCCCACAUCGCCCGAUUAAAGUAUCAGCCCAGUUAUGAGAGGGCCUUUGCAGGCUCCAUCGCUGCAGUCACAGUCCCUCACAAUCUAGGGCAGAUUUUCAGGAAAUGUCAAAUGGAUGAGGUCCACUCAUUCUCGCAUUUCACAACGAUUUCAUCUUGGCUCACAUCAGCCCUGGACGAUUUCUUUAUCUUCACUCCCUAAAUGAGGAGACUGUGGCUCAGAAUCAAAUUACCUUGCCCAGAGUUUCUUAGCAAGUAUGAAAGGGUACGCAGCUCCAAGCAGGUCAACCCGAGUCCUUCCAAAUCCUGUCCAAAACCCAGCGCGACCAGAACAGCCGCCUCAGCUGAGAGCAGUCAGCAAAUACUCGGCCAGUUGCUCUCGCUGCUUGGCUCCAGAGCUUCAGGAGGGGGCGGGGUAGAGCGCCGCAAUCCGCCCCACGGCGCUGGCGCUGGCGUCAGGGGCGACGCAGCAGAUUUACGCAAGAGCUGGCGUACUCGCGUCUAGGCGGGGCGCGGUCGGCUCGCGGUAGGUCUUGUGGGUAAACUGCCAGGAGGAGGUUUGAGAGGAGUCGGACCUCCACCCCACGCCCCCAGACCUUCUGAGUCCCAGAAAUGUUUUGUGCAUCCAAUAGGUAUGGUAUUCUCAAUUGGAGACAAUGUAUUUAUGGUUCCGUUAAUGAAGAUGAAAACCGUAGACAAGAAUAGAUUUUGCCUUAAUUCUCUGUAGCAACAACUGGGAAACCUGUAAUUAAAAGUAGGAAAACAUCUUAACUGUUUUAUAGAUAUGUGUGGUAAGAGUUCUCUGCUACCAAUGAUGUUUAAAUAAACUUCAGUGAAAUGACUCUUCAAGACUUGGUGCAUCAGGCUGCCUCCACAUAUUCGGAUAAAAUAGCUGUAUGUUUUGACGAAUGUAACAACCAGCCUCCAGUUUAUUAUACCUACAAGACUGUGGUUAAUGCUGCUUUAGAAUUGUCAAAUUUCCUACUAUUACACUGUGACUUUAAAGGAAUACGGGAAAUUGGUCUUUGCUGCCAUCCUGGGAUAAACUUACCCUCUUGGAUUUUAGGGAUUCUCCAAGUCCCUGCUGCUUAUGCUCCUAUUGAUCCAGAUUCACCACCAGCAUUAUCAACUUAUUUUAUGAAAAAAUGUGCUCUAAAGUAUAUCCUUGUUGAAAAACAACAAAUUAAUAAAUUCAAAUCUUCCUAUGAAACAUUAUUGAACUUUGAUACAUUUACAGUAGAACAUAACGACCUAGUACUCUUCAGACUUAACUGGAAAAAUGUUGAGGGAAGCUUGAUACUAAAGGAUAGAAAAAAGAAAUAUGAAAAAGAAAAAACGACAAACAGCAGAUCUGAGAACAGCAAUGAAGAAAAGUCAGAGUACAUGGAUGUGAGACUAGAGCAUUGCUUGGCUUAUGUUCUCCAUACAUCAGGCACUACAGGGACACCUAAGAUUGUCAGAGUCCCUCAUGCAUGUAUAGUGCCAAACAUCCAGCAUUUUCGGUAAGUUCUAUCCUUAGAAUCCUUCUUCAGGAUUUUUUUUUUCUUUUUAUUAAGGUAUCAUUGAUAUACACUCUUAUAAAGAUUUCACAUGAAAAACAUUGUGGUUACUACAUUCACCCAUAUUAUCAAGUAUCCCCCAAACCCCAUUGAAGUCACUGUCCAUCAGUAUAGUAAGAUGUCAUAGUUACUAUUUGUCUACUCCAUGCUACACUGACUUCCCUGUGACCCCCCCACAUAUCAUGUGUAGUAAUCAUAAUAUCCCUCAAUUCCCUUCUGCCUCCCUCCCCCACCCCUCCCCUUU